AUGCCUUCACAACGCCCCACACCCUCUCCGCGCUCGCGCUCGUCGACUCGAGCUCAUACCGGGCGCGCGUCCAUGAACUCAAGCUCUACGGAUCUGGAGGACCUACACAGAUUCCCACUGGAGUCACUCCAUUCUUUUUCGUUUGCCCAGCAGUCCGAGGAACUACUGCAUAGCCGUCAAAACAUCCUCAAGAGGUCCAUCGAUUUCAUGCGCGACCGGAUGGGAUGGGCUGCAACAAACGCUGGUAUUGCCAAUGCCCAAGCUAAUGUCAGCGGGGACCCGGAGAUGCAAGGCAUGAUGGACCUGCUCGCCCGGGCAAACAUGCUAGAGACCCAGGAUCACCAGGUUCCAGGACGAGGACCCAUCACAGGACCCGCGGAGAUCAAUGGUGACAAUGUUUUCGAGAAAGCCUUCUCAGACGGUGAAUCAUUGUCUCCGGUCAGCACCCGGGAUGCACCUCAGGAUUCCAUCACUUCGGGCUCACAUCGAUCUGACAGCUCCCAUUUGCUAAGCCCCGCGCCCAGCGACCAGAUCUCCAACCAAAGGCGGGACCUACUCUCGACACCAGCACCCAGGCGCGUAAGCUUAAAACGUACAUACACGGAUCUCUGCUCUGUCUCGCAAAAGAGCAAGCUGAUGGAAACUUUAGCCCAACCAUACACCUCUUCGGCAGACCCUUUCGCCUCGCUUAGCUCGUCAACUACUGGAAUGGGACUCCCUAUCCCCGCCCUUCACACCCAUAGCAGCAAAUGGACCCCCGUUUCCCAGGCCGUUUUCAGGACCGAGGCUGAAGCUCCAUGGACUAUUCUGGCCGCAAAUGACCUCUCUUGUUUGAUUUUUGGUGUCCUUCAAUCCGAAGUCCGCCGCCUCAGUAUCCUAGAGGUUGUACAAAAGGAGCAUAGAGAAUGGCUUGAGGCCAAACUCCGCGAUCCAAGUACUGAUGCCGCGGCACGUAUGCCGCUUAAGCCGGAAAGAGCCAACAUAAGUGCCGUCAAUCCCAACUUCCGCGGUCUCGGGAAUGGAGUAACAGCCCAGUUGCUCAGCAAGCCUUCUUCGCGAGAAAAGUCUCGCAGAUCACAGACUGAUGAUGGUUAUGGUUCGAGUACAAGAGCUCCCCGAGGCAACAACCACCCCGGUAACAAAUCACGGGGGGUGUUACUCUGCGGUGACGUGGUUCCGAUCCAAAAGCGCAACGGAACCCGGGGAUCUGCUAGCGUGUGGGUCAUGGAGAAGCGCGGUGGCCUGAUCUGGGUUCUUGAGGAGAUCACAGAAAACGUUGCCCUUGUCCAAUGCAAUGAUUCAUGGACCGUCAUGGGUGCCAAGGGUGACCCAGAGAAAAUUUGGGGUUCAUCUGUCGUACAGAAGGGGCAGCCGAUCUCCGAUCUUUUACCCUGUUUGCCAUCAGCCUCUCUCGAAACAUCGUUUGCUAAAGGACUGGAUAAGAUAGUGCAACUGAAGCACUUUGCCGCCCGCACAGCAGCUGGCGUUUGUAUUCCCGUGGCGGUCGGAAAGGGAGAGGGAGAUCGAACUCUCCAGGUUUCCAGCUUCCCUCAUGUCGCUGGUAUGAUGGUGCUGUCAUCCUCUUCAUUGAACGUGAUCAGCUCAAACUCCGUAUUUUCCUCUGUUUUGUUCGGUCAAACCAGACCGGAGGGACUUCACAUCACCGAAUUAAUUCCCGACUUUGAUGAGAUUCUGGACGUGUUGACCGAGGAGGACGACGUACCAUUGGUUGAUGGGAUAGUCAUCCCUGAACACAGCUUCCGCCGAGCACGAACCUUGUCCAUCCUUCGCGAUGGAAAGUCAAAUGCGGCUUCCGUCUUCACAGAGCCAAGUGGCCUGCUUGCCAAACAUAGGGACGGUUCGACUAUUGUUGUGGAUAUACAACUACGAGUGGUGAAGAGCGGAACCUUUUUCUCCAAGGAAAAGGCAGAGAAAUACAGUGAACGCCAUAGUGAUUCAGAUGACAGUGAUGAUACAAUCGCAGUCACAGAGCUGGUCUAUGCACUGUGGAUCACCUACUCACGACAGCUCCACGCCGCAGGACCUGCCGCCGGCCUUUCGCCAUCUUCGGUCCCAAGCUCCAAACCAACAUCGCCGACACAGGAUCCCGUCUCGGAUCAGCCAUCAGGCUCAAACUCUCAUCCCCAACCCGUUGAAAACCGCAAAUCUUCCGUGGUUAUUCAAGCACCGACUUCGACCCUCAGCCAGCAGCUCAGUGAAGCUGCCUCAGAGCCACUGACUGACCGCCCUGUACAGCCCGUUCCUGAGGUAUCAUCUACCAACGCGAAAAACGAGCCUGCAGCAAAGCGGACGAUCAAUGACUAUGUCAUCCUCGAGGAAAUGGGCCAAGGCGCCUAUGGGCAAGUGAAGCUCGCCCGUCAAAAGAAGAUCCCUACCAAGAAGAUGGUCUUGAAAUAUGUCACCAAGAAACGGAUUCUGGUGGAUACGUGGACCCGGGAUCGACGCCUUGGAACCGUGCCCUUGGAGAUCCAUGUCCUUGACUUUCUCCGACGGGAUGGACUCAAACAUCCCAACAUUGUCGAGAUGGAGGGUUUCUUUGAGGAUGAUGUCAAUUACUACAUUGAAAUGACCCCUCAUGGGCUCCCCGGGAUGGACCUCUUUGAUUAUAUUGAACUGAAAGCCAACAUGGACGAAUCCGAGUGCCGCAACAUUUUCAAACAAGUCGCGAGUGCCACCAACCACCUUCAUACCAAGGCGUUGGUGGUGCACCGUGACAUCAAGGAUGAGAACGUGGUUCUCGAUGGCGAAGGGCGAAUCAAGUUGAUCGACUUUGGCAGUGCGGCCUACAUCAAGAAUGGGCCGUUUGACGUCUUUGUCGGCACGAUUGACUACGCCGCGCCGGAAGUUCUCCAGGGCCGAUCUUAUCGUGGCAAAGAGCAGGACAUCUGGGCCCUGGGUAUUCUUCUCUACACGAUCGUCUACAAGGAAAACCCGUUCUACAACGUCGACGAGAUCCUCGACCACCCCCUCCGCAUCCCCUUCCUGCCCUUCUCCGAAGAUUGCAUUGACCUCAUCCGCACCAUGCUUGAUCGCGAUGUUGAUAACCGGCUGACCAUCACCGAGGUGCUCGAGCAUCCGUGGAUGGUGGCGACAUGA